AUGUUGUUUCAUUCUUUGUUACUUAUCUUUCAGAUAACAUUUGUACUAUCAUUUUCAUCAGAUGGUUAUGCACCAAUUAAAGUUCAAUGUCCAGGAGGUCAACUAACUAGAUCUUCAACAACUGGUUUAAAUCAAGAUGAACAAUCAUACAUUAAUUCAAGAUACCAAGUUGCAAAACAAAAUUUAGCUACUUUUCUUCAAAAUGUAAACUUAACAAAUUUUGAUGUUGGCUCAUUCUUAUCAAAAGCAAAUCCGACUAUUGGGUUGGCAUUUUCAGGUGGUGGGUAUAGAGCUCAAUUAACUGGAGCCGGAGAAUAUUCAGCUUUAGAUUCAAGAACUCACGUUGUUAACGGAAAGGGUUUAGGCGGAAUCUUACAAUCAUCAAAUUAUAUAUCUGGAUUAUCUGGUGGUGCAUGGUUAGUAGGAUCAUUAGUAUCAAAUAACCUAGUAAGUAUUGAUGACUUGAUAAAUCAAAAUUCAUUAUGGCAAACUGAACAUUCCAUUUUGUCACCUGGUGGGAAAUUUUUGAAAGAUAUUGGAGCAUGGUUCAAAAUUGGAGAUCAAGUACAUGGAAAACAAGAUGCUGGAUAUGAUGUCAGUAUUACUGAUAUCUGGGGAAGAGCAUUAAGCUAUCAAUUAUUAGCCAAUACACAGAAUGAUGGUGCCGGUUUUAGGUUAUCUGAUGUUAUAACACAACCAAAUUUUCAAAAUCAUUAUAGUCCAUUCCCCAUUUUGGUUGCUGAUGGUAGAGCACCCGGGACAACAGUUAUUAAUUUAAAUAGUACUGUUUUUUCAUUAACCCCAUACGAAAUUGGGAGUGAAUCACCUUCUUUACAAUCAUUUGUACAAACUAAAUAUUUGGGGACAAAGUUAGAUAAUGGGUAUCCUGUUAAUUCAUCAUCAUCUUGUGUUAAUUCUUUUGAUAACGCUGGAUUUAUUAUGGGUACUUCUUCAAGUUUAUUUAAUAACGUGAUCUUGUCUUUGGCAAGUUCUGGUUUACCUAGUUUCAUUACAAAUUUGAUAAAUAAUAUAGUUGUUAAUCCAUUUGAGAAAUUGAACGUUGACGUUGCAAAAUACAAUCCUAAUCCAUUUUAUAAAAGCGUCAAUCCAGAUACAUCAAUAGCCAAUUCCAAAACAUUAUACUUAGUAGAUGGUGGAGAAGAUGGUCAAAAUGUUCCUUUAGUUCCUUUAUUACAUCGUAAAUUAAGUACAAUAUUUGCAUUUGAUAAUUCUAAUGACAAUUUGCAAUGGCCAGAUGGCCUGAGUUUAAUCAAGACUUAUGAACGUCAGUUUUCUCCUCAAGGUAAAGGUCUUGCAUUUCCUUACGUUCCUGACCAAUACACUUUUAGAAAUUUGAACUUAACAUCAAGACCAACUUUCUUUGGAUGUGAUGCUAAGAAUUUAACUACAUUAACUGAUAAUAUUUAUGACGUUCCGCUAAUCAUAUAUCUUGCCAACCGUCCAUUUACAUACUGGUCAAACACAUCAACGUUCAAAUUAGAGUACGAAUUAAACGAAAGAAAUUCAAUGAUAUCUAAUGGUUUCGCAGUAGCAUCAAGAUUAAAUGGUACAGUUGAUACAGAUUGGUCUACUUGUGUUGGAUGUGCCAUAAUAAGAAGAGAACAAGAGAAGUUGGGUAUAGAACAAAGUGAUCAAUGUAAACAGUGUUUUAAGACAUAUUGUUGGGAUGGUUCUCUCUAUAAAGGAGGAGCAAUUGGUGAUAAUUUUGAUAAUUAUGGUUUAACUUUUGGUGCCGAUUCGUAUAAUCAGAAAUCGACUCCAGGAUUUUACAAUACUGGUGCAAAUUUGAAAAAGAGAGAUCAUGAACCUUAA